GAUGCUACAGAUACCUACCUAACUUCGCAAAGUUCCAUAUAAUGUUCGUUCUAUCUUAAACUUAUCUAUGGUGUGAAUGUGUUUAUGAAAUAUAAUAAACAACAAAAUGAAUAUUGUUGGGAGACAAUGUCUUAGAAUUUUUCAGCAUGACGUGACACAACAAAAUCAUUUCUGUUUUCUUAGGAGAGCACUUACAUAUAAAAGUGCCUUAUCUCUAGACAAAAUAUAUCCUACGAGUAACCUAAAACUGUACACACCAGCUUUCGUUCCUGAAGAUCCAAAUGCGAAAUUCAGUGGUUACAUACCUAUCGAAGAACUGAAAAUAACAUACAGUUGUAGUAGUGGACCUGGAGGACAACAUGUUAAUCGUACAAAUACUAAAGUAGAUCUUAGAUUCCAAGUAAAAAAUGCUACAUGGUUGUCUGAGGAAAUAAAAGAAAAAUUAUUGGAGAAGUACCAGAACAGAAUAUCCAAGGAUGGUUAUUUUAUAGUUAAGUCAGAAUUAACAAGGUCUCAACAUCUGAAUCUAGCAGACGCUCUAGAGAAAUUAAGAACAAUGAUCAGAGAAGUUAUAAAACCUCCACCAGAGAUAUCUCCUGAAACUGCAGAACUUAAGCGAAAACGACUACUGGCUGCAGCAAGGAAACGAGUUCACGAGAAACGAAUGAAAUCUGAACAUAAAUCGCGACCCAGUGCGCAUGAUGCAGAUUUCUAAUUAUUACCCAUUGUUGUAUUAUAUACCAUAUAUAGAAUAAUAUUGUUGAAAUAAAGGGAAUCAUAAUAAAAAAU